GUGGUGACGCUGUUUUGUGUGGUGGUUGGAGUUGCCGGAUACGGGUUCCCUGUGGAAAUUGACGGAAGCCUGUUGGUGGGUCAACUAAAGCAGAAAAUCAAAGCGAAUGAAGAGUCAAUCGUGAUCAAGUGCGCUGCUCAUAAGAUAAAGUUGUUCCUAGCCAAGAGAGGCGGAAAGUGGCUACCCGACGAAGAUCCUGUCGCGGUGGAGCUACAGAAGGGGGAGAUCAGCGAGGAUGUUGGGGCGAUGACAUCGCAAGAGGAGAUACUGCCGACGACGACCGUGAACGACUGGCUGUUUGACAAGAACGAAAUGCCGGAUCCAUCCGCGGCUCAAAUUCAUGUGCUGGUGGUUGUUCCCAGGCCUGACAUCGAGGCCGAGCCGUCGGCACGUAGUACUGUGCUCGGCCGACGCGAGCUAGCUGUUGCAGACCGAGCACAUGAGGCAGCUUUGAAAAGGACGAAGCGCAAUAUUCCUUGUUCUGGACCGCUGCGCGCGACCGACUUACCCGUCCCAUUAGACACGAUCCCGGCUUUUCAACAGAUCAAGGAGGGAUUCUCGGCGUGCCGGGGUGAGCUAUAUUUGCUGUAUGGGCCUCGUCAGUUUGGGAAAACUACCAUUGCCGAUGCCAUCGCAGACUGGGUUGUCCAAGGUUUGCAUGUUGAGUGCGUCUUUCAUGAGCUGACUGCACAUGACGUGGUUGAGCAGGCGAGAUUCUGGAGAGAGUUGGGGAAGUCGGUGGACGAGCAGAGGAACUCUGAGUUCCAUGACACCGAUUCGUUCAUGGAUUUAUUUACGAAGUAUGCAACCCGUAACCAGCAGUUCUGCCUGGUUCUAGACGAGAUGGAUCACCUCUUUGCCGACUCCGAAUUGUUGACGGACUUCCUCCUUGUGCUUCGGAAGUGGAAGAUGUCGACGAAACACUUUCGAGGCUUUCUCAAUCUUUACAGCGCAAGAUCAUGGAGUAUUCCGGUGGUGUUCGCUUCACUGAUCCGAUGCACGGUUGACUAUGGCAGGUGGGGAUACGACGAAACCGCGUGGGAGGCGUGGUUUCGUGAGCAGCAAUUUGCCGAGUACAUGUCGGAGUACAACCGUCCAUACAAACGUCUACAGGAUGAUCUGCUAAAGUUGUCGGAUGAAGACCGGGGAGUGCUGAAAUACGCGCUCGAACGAAUCGAUGGAUUGACGGCGGGGAGUGAGCAUGGCGCUCAACUAUUGUCAAUGGGAGUCUUAGUCGAUAGCGGCGAUGGUAGGUUGGUCAUUGCCUCCCCGAUGAUGCAUCGACUGUGCACGGAGGCGCUCACUUCCGCCCGCAUAUCUCGAUAUUAG